UAUCCGUGAUCUCAUUUCACCUCUCAAAGGUAUUCAGAGACGGAAGCUUUUGUCUUUGAACUAAUGAACAAGGGGUGAUAAAAUCGUUUUGAUUAAAAUUUAACUCAGAUAAUAGACUCAGUGCAAGUAAGACGAUUUCAGUGGCGUUUACAUUUCCUUAAUCUCCUUGUUGGUUUGGUCGGGUCCUCAAGGACACUAUUGGACGUGAUCUUUUCGAGGCAACCUGAUUGGUGGUGCGAAAAAGGUUUUGUUAACUGUCAGAGCCGAAAAGAUGUCUCGAAAUACUUCAUUCCCUGCGAUAAUGGAACCAUUCUGGAUGGGGUAAAGUUAGAAAACGGGAGCGAGAACUACUUUUUGGUUUACUUCAAGCUGGUAUGUAAAGAUGAUCACUUCGACUUGAACCUUCCACUAGCAAGCUCAUGUUUCUUCCUUGGUGCUUCAUUCGGUUGGAGGAUGUUUGCUGGGGAUACUAUCGGACACGAAAGGAAGAAGGUUCACGGUGGUGGUGUCACUAGUUGGUGCUCUUAUCUCCUCCCUCCUCACUGUAUUUACUCCUCUCAUUGAGAUAUAUUUACUGGGACGGUUCUUCGAUGGGGUGUUUUUUGGAGGCUAUUACAUUCACUCCUUCAUCAUCUCCAUCGAAUAUUCUAGACCAGAUAGACGGUGCUACUGUGUUCUCAGCUACUUUGUUAUGUGGGGACCUGCCAUGGUCCUAAUGCUCCUCCUUGCCGGACUCCUACGUCAUCAUACGUGGCAGAUACAAGCCCUCAUAAGCUCACUGUUAAUUCUCCUCCUUCUCAUCUCCAACCUGUGUCUUGGUGUGGAGAGUGCAGCGUGGACCUUCAGUGGUACAACAAAACGCCACCGUGAGAAGUAUGGCAGCCUUAUCAAAUCUAUCGCCAAGAUAAUCAAGAUGGAAGUGGCAAGUGUUCCCAACGACCGUUUUCACAGAUCUCAGUCUACCCAAAGUUUACAAGAUGUGCUGAGAGGUCCCCGAUACAAGAAAUACAGACAGUCCGUCCUCUCACUGCUCUACAUUUGGUUUAUAACAGCAGUGGCAUACUAUCUGAGUUACUACGAAGCCUUCUUCAAGCAGAGUCCCAAGGAUCUAGGAGUCCCGGUUUCUACCCUAAUCCUCAUAUCAGCCGGAAGCAACCUUACCGGAUUUCUACUCAGUAUAGUCCUAGCUCGUUGCCUCUCCCGCCGUCACGCCCUAUUUAUUGUAACCCUCGCUGCUGCUGCCUCCUCCUUCGGUCUUAUCGCUCGCAACAAAUACUCCGACUUUGUGCUGUUGUUGAUUGGUAAAAUAGUCACCAGUGCUCUGUUUGCCCUGGUGUAUCUUGUAACUGUGGAGCUAGCCCCAACUCCGGCCCGGGGCCUUGUAGUGGGUCUUUGUUUUGGAAUGUCCCGUUUGGGGGCCACAUUGGCCCCACAUGUCAACUACAUCGCAGAUAUUUUAGAUGCUUUACCCCAGGUUACCGUGGGGACUGCGCUUCUUACUUGUUUCAUCGCAGCCUGGACUUUACCGGAAACAAAAGACAUACAACUUUUACAUGAUCUUUAUCAGACUAAGGAUAUUCAGAGGCAUCUCAACAGAUAUAGAGCUAGAGAUCUUUCCAAAUCUCUAGAGAGCUCUAUUUAGCUAACAGAACGUUUUCAGACUACCAGUAUUGGAGAGUAUUGAUUGAACUUCACAUUUAUUAUAUUAAUCUGAUUAAGUCUCAUUUUAUGAUUCUUUGAAAAAUUUGUGAUUGUUUUUGAUGAUGUAAAAUCAUUCGACCG